GAGCCGUCAGAGAGGAGGAAGGAGCGCAUGAGAUUGCUUGCUCAUAUUUUGGCUUUUUUUUUUUUAAAUAUUGACUGCUCAUCCGCGCGCGCUGUCCCGGCUGGCGUUCACGCGCGGCCGAGGAAAGAAAGCAAACAAGUUGUCUCUAAGAAGAAAGGUCCGAUUCAGCCCGAGCGGCUCCAGAUUUAUAUUCAAAUAUAUAUUUGUUCAAGCAUCCCUCUUUCUCUGCCCUCCUUCGACCCGUCCCUUCUGAGUGCGGAGCGGCAGAGGGAGGGACGGGAGAACCCGGGCGGACUGACCGUGAAGCUGCGCGCCUCCCCGGUGGAUGAGCCACUGCAUGCGGGGCGAUGGAUUAACAGCCUCCUAUACGGACCCCUGCGGCUGCUUCUUUUUUUCUUUUCUUUUUUUCACCCCCUGUUCACCUCGGGAUUAUUUCAUCUUUCACCGACCUGCCCGACAGUCCUUCUCGAGAUGACCGAGGAAUAUGUUUUGCGGUGGGUCCUGAUGCUCUGCUGCGCGCUCCUCACGGCCAACGCAAGUAACUGGCUGUACCUGGCCAAGCUGUCGUCAGUGGGAAGCAUCCGGGACGAGGAGACGUGCGAGAGGUUACGAGGCCUCAUCCAGAGACAGGUCCAGAUCUGUAAGCGCAAUGUGGAGGUGAUGGACGCGGUGCGUCGUGGAGCCCAGCUGGCUAUCGACGAGUGUCAGUUCCAGUUCCGCAGCCGCCGAUGGAACUGCUCCACUCUGGAGACCAUGCCCGUGUUUGGCAAAAUCGUCACCCAGAGCACCCGUGAGGCAGCCUUUGUGUACGCCAUCUCAGCAGCCAGUGUGGCGUUUGCGGUCACGAGGGCCUGCAGCAGUGGAGAGCUGGAAAAAUGUGGCUGCGACCACAAUGUGCAUGGAGUCAGUCCAGAGGGUUUCCAGUGGUCGGGCUGCAGUGAUAACAUCGCCUAUGGCGUGGCCUUUUCCCAGUCCUUUGUGGACGUGAGGGAGAGGAGUAAAGGCCAGUCCUCCAGUCGAGCUCUCAUGAACUUGCACAACAACGAGGCUGGCAGGAAGGCCAUCUUGUCCCACAUGCGUGUGGAGUGCAAAUGUCACGGCGUGUCAGGGUCCUGUGAGGUCAAGACCUGCUGGAAAGCCAUGCCGCCCUUCCGCAAAGUGGGCAACAUCAUCAAGGAGAAGUUCGACGGCGCCACUGAGGUGGAGCAGCGCAAGGUGGGCACCACCAAAGUCCUGAUGCCUCGGAACUCCCAGUUCAAACCUCACACGGACGAAGAUCUGGUCUACCUGGAACCCAGUCCGGAUUUCUGCGACUAUGACCCGCGCACUCCGGGUAUGCUGGGCACCGUGGGCCGCCAGUGCAACCGAACGUCGAAGGCCAUCGACGGCUGCGAGCUGAUGUGCUGCGGCCGCGGCUUCCAGACGCAGGAAGUGGAGGUGGUGGACAGGUGCAGCUGUAAGUUCCACUGGUGCUGUUAUGUCAAAUGCAAACAGUGUCGCAAAAUGGUGGAGAUGCACACUUGCCGGUGAUGGGAGUGGCGGGGGGACACAGAGGGCACUGCUGAUGAACAAAACAAACGCCCCCACACUCGAUUACGAAACGCCAAAGGGAGCAAGGAGGACUUCCUGCUUGAAACCACCCCACCCCCCGACUACUGGUCAACGGAAACAGACUGAAUGGCUCAGAAGUCAAUUGUCAUCUUAUUCAUGCUACGACACCUUCAUGGACUUCAGUAGAUAUUAUGCAUGAGGAUUUCCUACAAAACCACAGAGGCAGGUUGUUUCUUCUCAAGUCGAGAGCGUCUUUCCCUUUCUGCCUCCUCCCCUCACUCUGAUGUUUGCUUUGUCAUUGAUGCUUCUUAUUUUUGUAAUGUUUAACUUAUUUGUGUUGAGACUGAUGAGGGGUGGACCUAGAAGGAGGGGACAGACCAAUGGAGAUAAUAAGGGACA